AUGUUGGUCCAAACCCCUCUCCUCCAGGCCGCCCUCCUCCUGGGCCUGGCGCAGUCGCAAGAAUGCCCAGACUACUUGAGCUACUCCACCCAGCGCCAUGAGCCCUUCUCCAACGGCACGUACCAGCUGUCGUACAUGCGCCCGUCCCCGUCCUGCCGAACCUUCAACUCGUCUGACGUCGAGGACGUUAUCACGUCCAUGGCCGGCGUGAUCGCCGACCCAGACCUGUAUAGGCUGUUCCAGAACAGCUACCCCAACACGCUCGACACGGCCAUCAGGUGGAAGGGGUACGCGGCCAACAACAGCGAGGAGGAGCUCACCUUCAUCAUCACGGGCGACAUCAACGCCAUGUGGCUGCGCGACUCGGCGAACCAGAUGCAGAGCUACCUGCCUGUGCUCAAGGCCGACCAGAGCGCAGAUAGUAUCGCCAGCCUGUACAGGGGCGUCAUCAACCUGCAAGCGAGGUACAUCCUGACCAGCCCGUACUGUAAUUCCUUCCAGCCCCCGGUCGAAUCCGGGGUCGAGGGGUCGGUCAACGACGCCGCGUCGCAGGACACCGUGACGCCCCCGUACAGCAACACGAGCGUGUUCGAGUGCAAGUACGAGCUCGACUCGCUCGCCUCCUUCCUCGAGGUCUCGGCCAACUACUACAACGCCACGGGCGACCUGGACUUCUUCGGCAAGUUCCAGUGGGUCGACGCGGUCAGGGCCGUGCUCAACACCGCCACCGAGAUGCUGACCCCGACGUACGGGCCCGAGGGCCAGGUCCUGACCAGCCCGUACACCUUCACCCGGCUGACGACGCGCGCCACCGAGACGCUCGCCAACGACGGCAUCGGGUCGCCCGUGGGCAACGGCACGGGCUUGGUCCGGAGCGCCUUCCGGCCGAGCGACGACAGCACCAUCUUCCAGCUCUUCAUCCCGGCCAACAUGAUGUUCAGCCGCUACCUGAGCAGCACGGCCGAGAUCAUGGCCGCGCUCGGGGGGCAGGCGGACCUGGCGGCCCGGAUGCGCGGCAUGGCGGACUCCAUCCGCUCCGCCAUCCAGGCCCACGGCGUCAUCACCGACCCCACCACGGGCACGCAGGUCUACGCCUACGAGGUGGACGGGUUCGGCUCCGCGGUGGUCAUGGACGACGCCAACAUCCCGUCCAUCCUGUCCGCGCCGUUCCUGGGCUUCCUGGACGCCGGCGACGAGGUGUACCAGAACACGAGGGCGAUCAUCCUGGACGAGGAUGCUAGUGCCGGUGCCAACGGGAACCCGUACUUUAUGCGCGGGCCGGUGAUCAACGCCGUUGGCGGGCCGCACCAGGGGCCGGGCAUGGCGUGGCCCAUGGCGAGCAUCGUCAGGAUCCUGACCACGGACGACGACGCCGAGAUCACGGGCGCGCUGAGGGAGAUCGUCUCGAGCACGGACGGGCUCGGCCUGAUCCACGAGAGCGUCAACUCGUUUAACCAGAGCGACUGGACGAGACAGUGGUUCUCGUGGGCAAACGGCCUCUUUGGGCAGAUGAUAUUGGAUCUGAACGAGAGGAAGCCGAAUGUCCUCAAGGAGAGCUUCCAAUGA